GUUGCUUGCCUUGCUGAGCAGAAAGCCCCACGACCAGAGACAGUUGCGGAAGGAGCGACGGAUUACGGGGGUGGAAGUGCUGAGCUGCCAGGGCAUGGUAAAUCGAUGCAGGAGAUGGGCUCCAAGAAGCCCAUCGAGAUCCUCUCAGAGAUCCCAGAUUGGCAAACCUUCUACCAGAACUAUGUGCGCGCAAACCGACCCGUUGUGCUCAAGGACGCUGCGCGCAGCCAGAGAGCUUUUGAAAAGUGGACGGAUUCCUACCUUUUGGACUUAUGGGGUGACCAGAAGAUUGUGGACAUCGAGAUGAAGAAGGUGGAGGAGCGGGGUGGGCCCAGCGUUAAGUGGCCCUUCUCCAAGUUUGUCAAGGAGAUAUACAAGGACAAGAGGAAAGACGAGCUUUAUGCCGUAAUUGGCUUGGAAGAUGAGCCGGAGGCACUCGCAGAUGUGGAUUUGCCAGAUCCAGCCCGGUGCAAGGAGGUUUGGCCUCAAUCCGUAACGCUGUGGAUGAGCAGUGGCGGCACCAUGUCCGUGUUGCACAAUGACGAUGGAGAGAACUUCUUGAUGCUGGUUGACGGCUACAAGAGCGUCAUGCUGGUACAUCAAGACGAAGCUCCCAAUAUCUAUGCCAACAUUGCCAAGGUGCGGGGAACCUCUCCAGUGCGACAGGAUUCCGUAGAUCUUGUGAACUUUCCGCGCUUUGCCAACAUUACCUGGCUGCAUGGGGAGAUUGGACCGGGCGAUACGCUGUUCAUCCCCCACACAUACUGGCAUCAGGUGAACUCGCGCGGCAGAAAUUUGGGUGUGAAUAUUUGGUGGAGUCACGCAGAGGACUGGAGAUGGUGGGAUUUGAAGAAGUAUGAUGCAAGGAAGUUUGGGACGAAGGUUCUCCCCUCCUUCGAUGAGUUCAAAAGCAAGGCCCUGGAGCAAGCCGACUGCACGCCCUUGCCAGCCGACAAGCACAUGGGUCUCAUGGAGCUGGUGGAUGAAGGACGUACAAAAGCCAUCAUCAAAAAGAAGCGGAAAAGACAUGAGAAGGCUCAGCGCAAGAAGUCAGAAGAUGAGGAUGAUGAGCUCUGA